AUGGUCACGUUCUUAUCUAAACUUAAUAAUCGUACUCCUGAAAAAAUUCGUUAUUUUCGUUUCCAACUUCGAGAUGAAUUUCAUAAAUUAAAAUCUUCGUCGAAUCUUGAUAUUGCUAAUGUUGAUAAGAUUUGUUCUCUUAUUCUUACUCAUGGCAUUGAUCUUGAAUACGAUACAUUUUUAGGACAAAGCAUAUUUCUUAUGGAUUCUUUUUUCGUAGAAUUCAUAUCUCGCAGACAAUUUAUUUUAAAUUGUUCUCGAUUAUUUCGCAAUCAUCUUAUUGAUAUGUUUAAAGCAUUGAUUAUUUCCCACGGUUAUCGUUUGAAAUGUGAACAUUGA